AUGCAAUUCUCCACCGUCGCUUCCAUCGCAGCCGCUGCCGCCGUCGCCUCCGCUCACGCCAACGUGACCACGGCCACCGCCACCAGAAACCAGACCACCUUGGUCACCAUCACCCACUGUGAGGACAAGACCGCAUGCACUGCGCACGUCUCUCCAGCUUUGGUCUCCACCGCCACCGUCACCAUCGACAACGUUGUGACCUUGAGCGAGACCUGGUGCCCACUAUCCACCACUGAGGCUCCUAAGCCACCAGUUUCCACCGCCAAGCCACCUGCUUCCUCCAACGCGACUGUUCCUCCAACUGAGACCCCAGUCGUCUCCUCCUUCACUGGUGCCGCUGCCAAGGCCCUACCAGCUGCUGGUGCCUUGUUCGCGGGCGCUGCUGCUUUGUUGUUGUAA